CRAUUGAUUCUUUUAAUUUCAGAUCACAGACAAUGCAAAUCAUGUUCUCACCUUUAGAAUGAAUGAGCUUCAGGACUCUACCAUUGAACAURUUCUUGUUGUUGCUGAAAGUAUGUUUUAUCAAAUGGGACAUAUCAUCUCAGAAAGAGACCAGUCAUUUACAGAUAAUACUCAUUUAAGAUUAGAAAAAGAGCUGCUCUUGCAAGAGCGACAGAGAGCCAAAUCUCCAAGACCAUUUUCUCCACCUCCUGCCACAGGACACCUUAAUGUUGACUCUCCAUCAAUGGCUGCUUCAAAGGAAAAAUUAAGAAUGCUCACUGAAGAAAUGUAA